AUGGCCGCCGCGCUUGGCGCGGGCGGCAAGACAUGGGCGGCGGCGAGCGCGCGGACGCUCGCGCGGCGACGCCGCCGAGAAGUUCGACAGGAGCUCGGAGCGUCUCGCGCCGCCGCGCUGGCGUCGCGCGGCAAGGCGUUGGCAACGGCCAGGCUCCUCCAGUUGCCACGCGACGAGCUUCUGGAGAUUGAGGACGCGGUGCACUUCGGCAGCCGCGCCCGGCACGCGCCCCCCCCGGAGGCUGCAGGAGGCGCCCCGCAGUUGCCUGACGGCCUGCUGUUGCAAGCGCAGGCCUUUGAGUGCGUCGUCGCGGGCCACAGCGCGUUGCUGCGUGCUGAGGCGCCCGCCUUUGCCCCCAGCUGCGUAGGCGAGGUGGCAGCCAGGGCGCGGGAGUCCGCCCUGUUGGCAGCGCUCGAUGUGACCCAGGUGGCCAGUGAGAAGGGCAUCGACGAGGUGAAGAAGACCGUCGACCAGGCGCUCGGCAAUAUUGUGUUCUUCGAGGCGCUCUGCACGCAGAAGGGCGAGACGUUCGAGGAGCAGGUGCUGGACGUCACCGGCGACGACGUGGGCGUCGACCAGGUGCUCGGCGAUAAUGCGUUUAUCGAGCCGCUCUUCACGCAGGAGGGCGAGACGCUCGAGGAGCAGUCGAUGGACGUCAUUAGCAACGACGCGGACGUCGACCAGGUGCUCGGCGAGAACGCGUUCAUCGAGCCGCUCUUCACGCUAAAGGGCGAGACGUCCGAGGAGCAGGUGCUGGACGUCAUCCGCGUCAAGGUUGGCGUCGACCAGGUGCUCCGCGAGAAUGCGCUCUUCGAGCCGCUCCGCACGCAGAAGGGCGAGGAGUUCGAGGAGCAGGGGCUGGACGUCAUCAGCAACGACGUGGGCGUCGACCAGGUGCUCGGCGAGAGCGCGUUCAUCGAGGCGCUCUGCGCGCAGAAGGGCGAGACGGUGCUGGACGUCAUCAGCAACGACGCGGGCAUGGACCAGGGGCUCGGCGAGUACGCGUCCAUCGAGCCGCUCUGCGCGCAGAAGGGCGAGUCGGUGCUGGACGUCAUCAGCGACGACGUGGGCGUCGACCAGGUGCUCGGCGAGGACGCGUUCAUCGAACCGCUCUUCACGCUAAAGGGCGAGACGUUCGAGGAGCAGGCGCUGGCGCCGCCGACCGCUGCCGCCGCCCCCGUCUCGGUGCAGGGGGCGGCGCUGCGCGGCGAGGACGCGCUGGAGACGGACCAGCUCGCCCCGAAGCAGCAGAGGCUGAGGGGCCACUCGGGCUCGGAGUGCGGGUUCGUUUCAUUCCUGGGCGACUGCUCGGCGGCGGUGGUGGCGCGUGCGGCCCAGGGGCCGAAGUCGGGAGUUGAGUCGCUCCUGGACUGGGCCGAGGCCCGCGCCCUCGGCGUCCACCUCGGCAGUGCAAGUUGCCCAG